AAGUGCGGCAACUAUGUUUUAAGUAUCCAGAGACAAAACUUUUGCUAGAGAGGAAGUCAAACAUGCCCUCAAAUACUGUGCCAAUUUCGUGAUGAUUUUCUUGAUAAAAACAUUUCUACUGGUAAAUGUACUAGUUCUACAUAUAAGUGACAUACACGCAGAAAAUUAUAAAAUUGGUGCCAUAUUUGAAGAUGAAGACACCAAUCAAAGAGAAGCUAUUCAAGUUGCAGUGGACGAAAUCAAUCAAAAUGAAAAAAUCAAUUUAGAACUGAUCGUAGAAUAUAUUUCUAGAGAUAAUCCUUAUCAGGCGUCUAAGGCAACGUGUAGCUUGUUGGCGCAAGGUGUUGUUGGAAUAUUAGGACCUCUAUCGGAAGAUAAUUCAAAUACUGUACAAUCCAUUUGUGAUUUGAAAGAAAUUCCUCAUCUUGAAGUGAGAUGGGAUGAUUAUCCAGCCAAUGGGACACUUAUUAACUUACAUCCUUAUCCAGAUACACUUACAAGAACCUACUAUGAUCUUAUUGCGGCGUGGGGUUGGCAAAAUUUUGUGAUAUUAUAUGAAAAUAAUGAGAGUCUGCAACGGGUUGGGGAAAUUAUCAAACUAUUCAAUCCACGAAAAAAUAGGAUAGUUCUGAGGCAGUUGAAUAUACAGUCAGGAGGUGAUUAUAGGCGUGUACUUAAAGAAGUAUGGAGAUCCGGAGCAACACAUUUUCUAUUAGAUUGCAGUAUAGAAAUAUUGGAAGAAGUUUUAAAACAAGCACAACAAGUGGGCCUCAUGACUAAUAAACAUCAUUUUAUCAUAACAAAUUUGGAUCUACAUACAAUUGAACUAAUGCCCUACCAAUACAGUGAAACUAAUAUAACGGGGAUGAGAUUUGUGGAUCCCGAUGAAGAAGAAUUAGGUGAGAAAGCUGCGAAAAUCUACGAGAAUUCUCAACCGACAUUUCCCGGAUAUAAACUGAGGCUUCAAGAAGCGUUGACUUUCGAUGCUAUAAAAAUGUUCGCUAAAGCUCUAGAAGCUUCUGAGCCUUUGGUAGAGGCUAACCCUAUCAGCUGCUACAAUGACGAUGAGAAGCUUCGAUCCGGAACGACUAUUGUCAACGAGAUGAAGAAUUUAGAAUAUACAGGAUUGACAGGACCUAUAAAGUUCGAUAUUAAAGGAUUUAGAACAAGCUUCGCUUUGGACGUUUUCGAAUUAAUGGAAGGAGGACAAACUGUUGUAGGUCAUUGGAAUACUUCAAAAUCUCCAUCCUUGAAUAUAUCACGAUUACGUCACAACGAGGAAUAUGACGGCAAUUCGGAUAUACGUAAUAAAACAUUCAAAGUUAUGAUAACACUAACAGAACCAUACGGUAUGAGAGUUGAAUCUAUGGAUCCAGUGUACGGAAAUGAUCAAUAUGAAGGAUUCGCAAUAGAUAUAAUUAAAGAACUUUCAGCUAUUAGAGGCUUUAAUUAUACAUUUGUUGUCAGAGAAGAUAAAAAAAAUGGAGAAUUUGACAAUAAAACAGGCCAAUGGAAUGGAAUCAUUGGAGACUUAAUAGAUGAGAACGCAGAUCUAGCGAUAUGCGAUUUAACGAUCACCAAAGAUAGAGCUGAAGUUGUGGACUUUACAGGACCAUACAUGAUGUUAGGUAUCAGUAUAUUAUACAAAAAACCUACAAAAGCUCCCCCAAGUUUUUUUUCAUUUGCUGAUCCUUUUGCAUUCGAAGUUUGGAAACUACUGAUAGUAUCUUGGGUUGGAGUAUCGCUCGUAUUGUUCGCUUUGGGAAGAAUAUCCCCUACCGAAUGGGAGAAUCCGUAUCCUUGUAUAGAAGAACCCGAAUAUUUGGUGAACCAGUUGGAUUUGAGAAAUUGUGUAUGGUUCAUCACAGGUUCCAUUAUGCAGCAAGGUUCAGAAAUUGAACUCAAAUCAAUUUCCACAAGAAUGGUUGCUGGAAUGUGGUGGUUUUUCACACUUUUGAUGGUUUCUUCUUACACCGCAAACUUAGCUGCAUUUUUAACAACAGAAAAACCCGAUCCUCAUUUCUCGAAUUUGCAUGAAUUGGUUGAAAAUUCAAGGUUGAUGAAUAUUAUGGUUGGGGCAAAGGCUGGUGGAGCAACUGCAAAUUUUUUUAAAAGUAAAUACGCAGCAGAUCCUGAUAGCGAUUUUGGUAAAAUUUAUAAGUUUAUGUUAGAGGAUCAAAAGAAACUCAAAAUCAUUGAUAAUAAAGACGGGGUUCAAGCUGCUCGAAAGGGAUAUUACGCUUUCUUCAUGGAAGAUAAGUCAAUAGAGUAUGAAGUUCAGAGAAAAUGUGACCUCUAUCAAGUUGGAGAUAAGCUGGAUGAAAAGGGUUAUGGUAUCGCAAUGAGAAAAAAUUCCACUUAUAGAAAUAGCUUGAGUACUGCCUUAUUAUUGAUGCAGAAUUCUGGAAAAAUCGAUGAAAUCAAAAGAAAAUGGUGGGAAGAACGUAAAGGUGGUGGACAGUGUUCGGCAGACGCAGAGAAUGGAGAUGCUACUCCACUGAAUCUAAAAGGAGUUGGAGGAGUAUUUUGGGUAACAAUAGGUGGAACUAUCCUCUCUUUCUUUCUAGCGAUGUUUGAAACGACCCUUUAUUGCAUUAAAAAAUCUAAGAGAUUCAGAUAUAGUUUUUGGGACGCUCUGAAAGAAGAAAUCAAAUUCUACUUCAAGUUUGGAAAAAUGGAAAAAGAAGUUGGACUUCCAGAAGAGGCCUCUGGAGAAAUGUCUGAUGAAGGACCAAUGGGAUACGGACUGGUAAACAAAGAAAACAGCGCGGAAACAUUACAAAGCAAUAACAGCAGCAAAAGCAAGAGAAGCAAAAAGAGUAGAAGUCAAAAUAGAAAGAAUAAUUUGAGACCUCCCAGAUUAUCCGUGGAGCCACAAAUAGGCUGGAGACAUUCUGAGCAGAAAGCCUGAUAUUUAUAUUCUGAACUAACAAUAUAUCAAUAGUUUAUAAAUUGUUUUGAAUGAAAUAACAAAUUUUGAAGGUUUUUGUAAUGUAUUUAAGUAUAAGAGAACAAAAUAAAUGAAUAUAUAGAUAAACCAAA